CCUUCAACUAUCCUCUAAAAAGUAAUAACACAUGGUAAAAAUAUUACAAUAAUAACGUCGUAAAAUAUUCUUUUAGAAUGGAAGACAUCCAGAACAGUGUACACAGUCUUCUUGAGAAAGCUGGAUUUGAAGCAUACGCCUUUAAGAUUGGUUGGUACAAUGAGUGUGUUAUGAAAAAUUACAUCCUGCCAUAUGAUUAUGACACACUUGCUUUCAUUGUGAUCAGUACUCCUGAUAUGUUUGAUAAAGCCUUCAAACCGUUUGUUUGUAGACAAGAUUGUAAUGGUGGACGAGAUUUAAUUGAUGAAUGUAUGGUGGACUGUUUUCAAAAAAUAAAAAAAAAUUUCCCCGAUGAAGAGAUAGAAAUAAUUCAUGAUUUUGAACUUCAUCACACCAGACGACCAAAAGUUUUGGUACAAACUGCAGGCCAUGUUGCAGGAGCGGCAUAUUAUUACCAAGCAUCAGAUGUUAAAAAUGUACCAUGGGAUAAAUCGCAGAAAAUAUUUGGUGUGAGUGUUCAUCCGAAAUAUGGUGGCUGGUUUGCUUUGAGAGGUGUUAUAAUAUUCAAGAAUGUGAAAUGUGUAAAUUUAGAGAAAAAGUCGCCAUCAGAUUGUGUGUCCACAGAUGAAUUAAAAAUUGAACUGUUAAAUAGAUAUAAUUUUCAGUGGCAGGACUGGUCAUUCCGAGAUAUUGUUCCUUCAGACAAGAAAUAUUGUGAGGAACAGAAAAAAUAUUUUGCAACAUUACCAAAAGACAGACAAGAACUAAUAGAGCAAAUAAAAACCACAGGACAUAUUGAAGUUGAUGAUGUGACAGGUUUACAGAAAUAACUCUUCUGUUAUUUUAGAUAAAGAACAACAAAAUGAAACCACAUUCUAUGGGUAUUUCUCUGCUUAAUGGUGCAUACUUUACAAAUAUUUAUUGUAUUUUUUUGCAUUUACCCAAUAUAAAUAUUCUCCCCCCCCCCCAAUAAUAAUAAUGAAUCCAAUUUUAAUUAUGUUGUUCUAUGUCAUCAGAUGUACUUUUAAGUAUAUAAUAGCAGGAGUCUUUCUUUCACUAACAUUGAAGUAUUUCGAGUUUUGAGAUAUAUUUGAAUGAUGUAGCUUGGGAAAUUAAAUGGGGAAACGUGCGGAGAGGAUUUUAACAUUAAAUUGUUAGAGGAAGUACCAGUACUAAUUAUAAAUUAUUGAUCAUUUCAAUGAAACAAGUAAAUUUUAUAUAAUUUUAUUGGGUUAAUGUGAAUUUAUCCUCAACUAUACCAAUAGCCAUGUUAUACCAUAUUUGAAAGAUUAUUGUUGUCUUGCCAUUAUUUAAUGUAUAAACACUUUUUUGUGAUACAUAAAAGUAGUAAUUAUUGUAUUUUUUCUUAGGGGAGGAGAAGCUGUCAGUAAUAGUCAAUCAAAGUAACUUUCCACAUAGCCACAUGAUUCAUACCCCUCUCAAAUUAAGUUUGAGGGAAGGUCUUUGAAAUAGAGAUCACCUUGUCCAUCUGUCUGUUUAAAGUUAAACCCAGUAACAGCAGACUUCUGUAACAGAGGCUUAGAUCAUUAGACCCAUUAUCUAUGCAAGAAAUGGGUUUGAUCCCAGGAUUGUACAUGACAAGGAGUAUAGGGUUGCUUUUCUCCUUAUACUCACAUUUCCUCUGACUUAUAAAUCCCACUUGGCUAAAGCAAAUUAUGGUAAUAAAAAAUUUUCAGUGUAAGAAUGAGCUGGUUAGUAUUGAAUGGACAUUACACCCCAUUUCGCUCCAGAUCU